AUGGCACACUCGCAGAACUGCUCUCUGCGGUCGGUGGAUUCAAAUGGUCUCAAUAUGGAUAUUGAACGGAAGGACACGGCAGUGACAUCGAUGGCAGAACCGACCACUUCCAACGCCAACUCCAAAAAAAGAACCAGUGAUCUGACUGAAGUUUGCAAUGACUACAGUUAUAGUUACAUGGAAGGAUUUUGCCAAGGAGCCGAUUCAAAUAACACGCACUCCUUAUACACAGACUCCUGCGUGUCUUCUACCUUGCGCAAUUUUGGAAAUGUGGACACUCUGUGCAGUGCACCUGGCUCAGCUAGUUACAGUGCUGAUUGGAAAGAUCUCUCCAUUUUUGAAAACGCAGUCACAACCCAUAACAGUUGCGAAAAAGAGCCCAAACUCGACAGUUUGAUGUGGACUGCGCCGGUGAAACACAACGCAGAACACGAGCAAUCUCUAGCCGCUGCGUCAAAAGAAAGUCUGCGAAGUUCGAGCGGAACGCCCAUUGCAGCCAUUGGAAUCAGCAAACUUAUUAAAGAUGAGCAGGAGCCGAAGGACAUAAUGGAAAUACAAUCUUCCGACAUUGAUCUGGCAGUGAAUACAUUACCAUUGAACCCCUCUUACGAGACUGGGAGGAUACAGGCACUCGGACUCGAAGACUCCGUGACGUUCCUCCACAAUUCAGUUGAUCGGCGGCUACUUUUAUACAAUAAAAGCAAUUUUACGGAUUGGACUAGUAUCAAUCCAUUGGGCCCCAUUCCCCAAAUCAGGUCGGAUCAGCCGUGUAGUUUGCCGUGCCUUGCCAGUGAAGGGAUCCCAAAUACGGAUCUGAUGGGGUGUGGACAACAGUCGCCUCAAAAUGUGCUUAUGUGCAAGAAUGACUUGUCAGUUCCAACCUCAUUCUCAGACUGUCACAUUUGGUGCCAGUCAACAGGUCUGCCUGAGAACCAGCAUUUGCAGGCUGGGUAUCUGUCUCCGGUCGGGAUCCACAAUACGUACACGAUGCAGCGUGCUAAUAUUGGGGUGUUCUCCCAGAAAGUAUGCACUAUCUGUGGGGAUGAAGCUUCAGGGUGUCACUAUGGUGUCCUCACCUGUGGCAGCUGCAAGGUCUUCUUCAAGCGAGCCAUAGAAGGACACCCUAACUACCUGUGCGCAGGAAGAAAUGACUGCAUUGUGGAUAAGAUUCGCAGGAAGAAUUGCCCAUCAUGCCGACUCAGAAAGUGCUACCAAGCUGGGAUGAUCCUUGGAGGUCGGAAGCUGAAGAAGUCUAGGGCGUGGAAGUCCAUGGGUCUGACCCAGUCUCUCACUGUCCAAUCCCUGCUGGGCCAGUCCUGUGACAGCCAGGCUCUACCCUCCUUUCCCAGCAUGCUCGGGGUCCGAGAGCUGCAGUUCUCUCCGCAGAUCAUCACGAUUCUGGAGAAUAUUGAGCCGGAGGUGGUGUACUCUGGGUAUGAUAGCUCCCAGUCUGAGAAGCCCCAUGUGUUGCUCAACAGUCUCAACCGUCUCUGUGAGAGGCAGCUGCUCUGGAUCAUAAGAUGGUCCAAGUCCCUCCCAGGAUUUCACAGUUUACACAUCAAUGACCAAAUGACUCUCAUCCAGCACUCCAUGAUGAGCUUGAUGGUGUUUUCUCUGGGUUGGAGGUCAUUUCAGAAUGUGACCAGGGAAUACUUGUACUUUGCACCUGAUCUCAUUCUCAGUGAGGAGUGCAUGAGGAGAUCUCCCAUUUAUGACUUGUGUUUGGCAAUGCAAGUGAUACCCCAAGAAUUUGCCAAUCUUCAAGUGACCAGGGAAGAGUUUUUGUGCAUGAAGGCCUUGAUGUUGCUCAGCACUGUGCCACUAGAGGGAUUGAAAGGCCAGGCUCAGUUUGAUGAGAUGCGACAGAGCUACAUCUAUGAGCUCACCAAGGCCAUUCACCUGAGGGAGAAAGGUGUGGUGGCCAGCUCUCAGCGCUUCUACCACCUGACCACACUGAUGGAUGCCAUGCAUGAGAUCGUGAAGAAGGUGAACUUGUACUGCCUGAGCACCUUCAUCCAGGCUGAAGCACUGCAGGUGGAGUUCCCAGAGAUGAUGUCAGAGGUCAUCACCUCACAGCUGCCCAAGGUUCUGGCAGGUAUGGUGAAGCCACUACUCUUCCACAGAAAAUGA